GUGGGGCCGGGGAGGAUCCUUUCCAUUUCGGCUAUAAAAUGGAACCUGAGAUUGAGAAGCGAAUCAUUUCUUGGGAAGUGGACGGCGAGGAGAAUCCGGCCGGCAACACCAGUUAUCGAGUGAAGAAGAUUAGCUCAACUAAUCCACUGUCGUCAAGCUACCCUGCCGAGCUGUCUUUGCACGGACCAUGAAGUGGCAAUUCGCUCUUGCUCUGUUGCUAGCCGCUGCGGUUGCAGUGGCUCAGCCAGGAGGUGGAGGUGGAGGUGGUGGCGGAACACACCGUCCCAGGACAGGAGCAACUGGAACUCGGCCAACUCAUUCUCCGAGAACCAGCAGGGUUCGCACCGGAACCAGACUAAUGCCGACUCAUCCUCCAAGGACGAGCCAAUUUCAAGAGGGUACUGGAAUGCAGCAAACUCAUCCACCAAGGACCAGUCGAGUUCACACAGGCACUGGCACCCGACCAACUCAUCCACCAAGGACAAGCAGAGUUCACACAGGCACUGGAACUCCACCAACUCGUCCACCAAGGACAACCCAAGUUCUCGAGGGUACUAGAACCCGACCGAUGCCCACAGGUACUGGAACUCGGCCAACUCAUCCACCAAGGACAAGCAGAGUUCACACAGGCACUGGAACUCGGCCAACUCAUCCCCCAAGGACAAGCCAAGUUCAGGAGGGUACUAGAACCCGACCGAUGCCCACAGGUACUGGAACUCGGCCAACUCAUCCACCAAGGACAAGCAGAGUUCACACAGGCACUGGAACUCGGCCAACUCAUCCACCAAGGACAAGCCAAGUUCCCGAGGGUACUAGAACCCGACCGAUGCCCACAGGUACUGGAACUCGGCCAACUCAUCCACCAAGGACAAGCAGAGUUCACACAGGCACUGGAACUCGGCCAACUCGUCCAUCAAGGACGAGCCAAGUUCACGAGGGUACUGGAACCCGACCGAUGCCCACAGGUACUGGAACUCGGCCAACUCAUCCACCAAGGACAAGCAGAGUUCACACAGGCACUGGAACUCGGCCAACUCAUCCACCAAGGACAAGCCAAGUUCCCGAGGGUACUAGAACCCGACCGAUGCCCACAGGUACUGGAACUCGGCCAACUCAUCCACCAAGGACAAGCAGAGUUCACACAGGCACUGGAACUCGGCCAACUCAUCUGCCAAGAACAAGCCAAGUUCACACAGGCACUGGAACUCGGCCAACUCGGCCACCAAGGACAAGCCCAGUUCACACAGGUACUGGAACUCGGCCAACUCAUCCACCAAGGACAAGUGGAGUUCACACAGGCACUGGAACGCGGCCAACUCGUCCACCAAGGACAAGCCAAGUUCACACAGGUACUGGAACUCGGCCAACGCGUCCACCAAGGACAAGCCAAGUUCACGAGGGUACUGGAACCCGACCGAUGCCCACAGGUACUGGAACUCGGCCAAGUCGUCCACCAAGGACAAGCCAAGUUCACACAGGUACUGGAACUCGGCCAACGCGUCCACCAAGGACAAGCCAAGGUCGCGAGGGUACUGGAACCCGACCGAUGCCCACAGGUACUGGAACUCGGCCAAGUCGUCCACCAAGGACAAGCCAAGUUCACACAGGUACUGGAACUCGGCCAACUCAUCCACCAAGGACAAGCAGAGUUCACACAGGCACCGGAACUCGGCCAACUCGUCCAGCAAGGACAAGCAGAGUUCACACAGGCACUGGCACCAAGCCAACUCAAUCACCAAGGACCAGCCGAGUUCACACAGGAACGGGAACUCGUAUGCACGUGCGUACGUCACGUCCUCAUACAACCCAAGAACCUGUCCAGACUUCUGCUGCCAUCCGAGUACGUACCAUCUUCUUGGUGUUCAUGGUGGGCUCAGCCAACUCACAGGCAACUGUCAUUGACAACAAGGCUAGUUUUGCCAGCUUCAUCCAGCGAACGCUGAGUGCCAAGUACAAGCUCACUGACCUCUCUGUCAUCAGGACCAGCCUGAAGGGAGGCAAGAGCAUUGAAGUACAAGUUGCCCUGGAGAGCUCCGGUGACAAGCUCCAGGCCGUUACAAGCACCAUCAACAAAGAUAUCCAGUCUGGCAACCUCAAGCUCACCUGGACCCCGAGCGUCGCCGGAGCGAGCGCAGUCGCACUGCAGGGAUCGUCGGCCACUGCCGUCGAGCCGACCGACACGGUCACGCCAACGCAGGGAGGCAAGUCGGGCCUGAGCACCGGCGCAACUGCCGCAAUCAUCUCGGUCGCCGCCGCGCUGAUCAUUGUCGGAAUCAUCAUUGUUGUUGUUGUCCGCCAGAAGAAGGGAGGAGUGCGUCAUGUACGCUUCCAGCAUACUAUGGACCACGACGACGAUGAGGGCUUUGACAACCCAGCAUACUCCACCAGGGAAGGUUCUGUACAGUUCCAGUAAGCAAUGAAUUAUUCAACAACUGCUAGCACGUGUCCAGAACGUCAACAUUGGAGCAACUACGCAGGCCAGCGCAGCUGCCAUGCACGGCUGCAGGAUCACGGCAGCCGGGCAACUUGCCUGACUAUUGCGACUGAACAUUCAUGCUUGUCUCAAGCCUCGCGUUUUCAAUUUCCGUCUCUGCGACUGUUUCACUCACGAGUGAGUGGCUUGUCUCUUGUCUGAAUAUAGUAUGAAAAACUCUCAAUCCUUCUGUACAGUCACUUUUAUUAUUUCCCCCGCAAACUGUUGUGCGCAACACUAAACACAUUUCUUUGCAGGCCGGAUUGGUUUGCCAAGAUCAAUCCUGCCCUUGAUCAUUCAAACUGAAUUUUGAACAAGAACUAUUGAUUUGAAGCACUUUUUAUCCAUCUACGGUCUAUUUAGUUAUUCUCAGAUUUUUGAACACUUUUAAUAAUUAUUACAAUCAACUCCUGGUACAAGGUACGCAUGGUCGUACUGGUCCAGUCAAACCCAA